CUGGUGCCAGAGGAUAUUGCUUUUCCAGUUGGAUUUGCUUGGGGUGCAGCUACAGCGGCAUAUCAAAUUGAAGAAGGCUGGAAUGCAGAUGGAAAGGGCCCUAAUGUCUGGGACACAUUCACCCAUCAGGGAGGAGAUCGAGUUUUCAAGAACCAGACUGGUGAUGUAGCUUGUGGCAGCUACACUCUGUGGGAGGAAGAUUUGAAAUGUAUCAAACAGCUUGGAUUGACUCAUUAUCGCUUUUCUCUUUCCUGGUCACGUCUGUUACCUGAUGGGACGACAGGUUUCAUCAACCAGAAAGGGAUACAGCACAUAAACAAACUGGUCAGAUUGCUAGAAGUCAAAUAUAAAACUUACACUUCUGAUUUGUUUAUUUUAAUUCUGUUGCAAAAGGGCAUUGGAGGAGCUCCAAAAAUGUCAUCCUGCUCUCUAUAUCACUUUGGCUUACCUCAGUCCUCAGAAGGUGAAGGUGACUAAAGACCUGAAAAGAUCGUUGAGAGCUUUGAUUGCAUUCAAAGCAGGAUUACUUAUAAUCCAAGGCUUCCGGAAUUUACUAAAAAAGAAAAAACAAUGAUCAUGGUUUGGCUGGCUGUAGUACCGUGGGGUUUACACUGACUUGUGUGUUAUAUCAAGGAAUGACCUAAGGAUACAUGUAAUAACCCUAUAAUUUACAUCAGUGAGAAUGGGUUUUCCCAAAGUGACCCUGCUCUACUUGAUGACAGUCAACGAUGGGAGUAUUUCAGGCUGAUUUUACAGGAAAUUUUAAAAA